GAUACCGAUGUUCAUGUAAAAUAAAUGAGACUUUAGUCUAAUCACACCCCGAGAUGAUGCGACUGGUGAGGCUUGUGUUGGUUGUGGUGAUCGGUUUGACAAUCUGUCAAGCUGCUGAUUUACCAGGAAAAAUCCUCCCGAAGACGACGGAUUCUCCCAGAGUGGAUGCAGCGACUGGAGAAUUCCCAUACAUCGUGUCCCUCCGGAGAAAUGGUGUUCACUUCUGCGGUGGUGCAAUUAUCGGAGUUAAAAAAAUAUUGACUGCAGCCCAUUGCUUCGUUGGAAGAGUUGAUCCCCCGUACACCGAAGGUUUAACAAUCGCCACUGGUGCCCUGAAGAGACAAGAAGACGGCGAUCUCCAUUUGGCGAAUAAAGUCGUACCCCACAGUGAAUUCUCCAGAGGUCCUGAUACCAGAUGGAAGCAUGAUAUCGCUGUUAUCAGUCUGAUGACCCCGAUCAUCAUGACCGAAAAAGUCAAGACGGUGGGACUGCCAACGGGUCCAACUCCCGGUGGAGUUGUUGGUGUUCUCGCUGGAUGGGGAUCGGCAACGAAAUUCGGACCGGAAGCUGAUCAUCUUCAGAAGAGAAAUGUCACGGUUCUGACCAAUGACGACUGCAACAAAAAGGACGCCAGCAUUUUGGAGACUCAGAUGUGUGGAUUCGAUGGGAGAGGCACGGGAUUUUGCAAUGGAGACAGCGGAGGCCCAUUAAUCUACAACAACGAAGUCAUCGGAAUUGUUUCGUUCGGGAUCUCCUGUGGAAUAGGCUAUCCCGAUACUUACACUCGAGUCCACAAGUACCUGAACUUCAUAAAAGAAAAUUCAAAUUAAUAAAAAAAAGAUAAAUGUCAAUACGAGGAUUAAACCAGUUCUUCCAAAAAUCUGUUAUUGCAAUGUCCCGAUAUCUGUCAUUCCCCUCUCUGUCAUUAAAAGAGCUCCACAUGUGUUGCGUAA